AUGGCGGACGGCGACGAGGGGGUGGGCGACGGUGGUGAAGACGUGGGGGACGCGGAUGGGCUCUCGGGCUCGUUCGCGGAGGAGUUGCGACGACGGGAGGCGACGCGGCGGGAGACGACGACGACGAAUCCGUUCGAUCGAACGGCGAGCGGAAACGCGCCCAAGUUCGCGGCGAACGCGGAAGAGAGGCGGCGAAUGGGUGAUGAUGACCAGUUGGCGCGGUCGAGGGCACUGCAGAGUGAGGGUUUAGAGGGGUUUCCAGCGCGCGCGGCUGAGCUUUUAAAGCUCGGAUUUGCCUCGUUUUUGGGUUUCGGUCCCUUCAUCGCCGCCAUCUCCGUCGUCUUCUGUCUCACCUACUUCCUCUUCGGAAGCGACUUCAUUCACUCCGGCGAGGGCUACGGGUCGCCCGAUUACAUCCCUCCCGAGGUCUUACUCGCCGAGCCCACCGUCGAUCGCAUGAUU